AACUAAGCUCGCUCGUGCGCAACAAUGAGGAAGUGUUAGUACAGGACGGUGCUGGAUGCAUAGCAAAGAUUUAUUACCGCAUUUUGGCCUCACAGUCAUGCUGAAACUUAGAUACUAUGUCUAAUUCUUCUCAUUUUGUAAUAAGGAAAUAUUUUUUCACAUCUUGUAAAAGGCAUGUGUUAUUUUUUAUCUUUGCAGUGUGUUUACUGUCAGCCCCUGUGUUUUCUGAAUCGGGGUCACAUUCGCUAUGGGUCUUUGCUACAUUUUUGACUGGAGACAGUUCAAUCCCAUUCCCAGAGUUCACUGCCAUUAUUAUGCUGGAUGAUAUUGUCAUCGGUCACUAUAAUGCAGAUGAGAGAAGUUUUGUCCCGGCGACAGCACAAGAAUCUGUUAAUGUCACGGAGCAAAUGACUAUAUCAACCGUCUGUAAAGGCAUUCACGAGGGCAUGAAAACCAAAGCAUACUACUUGAUUGAUCAUUUAAAUUAUACAAGAGGCCUUCAUGUGCAGCAGAGGCUGGUUGGAUGUGAACUUCUCCAUGAUGAGCCUGGCCAAAUGAUGACAUUGGAGGCCUUUAAUGGCGAGAGUGGCUUUGAACGACACUAUAACGUUCAGGGAGACCAACGCACUCAUUGGAAAUGGCCUAUCAUAAAGAGUAGAGCACAGCUGGAGUAUGAUGCAUGGCUAUAUGCCCACUUUUACCGCCCUUUGUGCAUUAGCCAGCUUAGGAAAUAUCUAAAAAAGGAGAAGAAGCGUGUGAUGGCAAGAGUAAAGCCCAGAGUGAGAGUGAUUAAACGCUUUUGUAGUGAGACAGAUGUAGUUCAGAUGACCUGCUUGGCAACUGGUUUUUACCCACGUCACAUUAAUCUGACCCUGCUUCAAGACGGCCAGCCAGUUAAUGAGGAGAGGGUCACGGGAGGAGAACUGCUGCCCAAUGCUGAUGGAACGUACCAGAUGAGGAAGAGUGUGGAACUCACUUCCAAAGAGCAAAGAGAAAGGCACACCUACACAUGUACUGUGACUCACCUUGGCCUGGAUAACAAACUUGACAUCAGUAUAGAACCUGGUCCUGAUCCUGUUAUUGUGGUUCCUUCUGUACUACUGUUGCUGUGUGUGUUUGGAGCUCUGGCUGCCUUUAAAAUAUGGAGGAAGAGAUAUACCGGUACACAGCCUGAGCAGGCCAGCUACAUACCUGCUGCUUCAGAGCUACCGCAGAUGUGACGUCUGAAGAGGCACAACAUUUACAGACUGGACACAUUUUGUAUUUAUAAACUGAUUGACCUGAAAGAAAUUUUUUUAAUAAGUAUUAAAAAAAAAAAAAAAAACCUAAACUCUGUUAGCAUCCAGAGAAGAGCACUGAUUAAAUAUUAUAAGAAAAUAAGACUUUUAUUUUAAGAGAAUGUUUUAAUUACAUUUAUUUUCUUACCAGGUUGGCAAGUUUUUUUUUUUUCUUGUUUUAAGAAAAAAUAUUUCCAGUUGUCUUAUCACACCCAGAUUUUGUCUGAUACAGUAUUGAAUAUUUCAGUAUUUUUACAAUAUUUGUAAGUUUCACAAAAGUAUGUGUGAUGUCAGAAUGCAUUGCCAGCAAAUCAGCCACCAGAACUAGGCUGGUAUUUAUUUAAUCAGGUACUGUAUAUUUAUGUAUUUUUAAGACAGUUUGAACUAUUAAUAUUGAGCUAAUAAACAAACAUUUGUUAUA